CAGAGAGUACAUCUUUCCACUUCCCACGAUCCUAUCAAUAAUUGUACUAAAAAUUAUAAUAAAUGAUUGUGCCUAUCCCCUUAGUCGCAUUUUACGAUAUACAUGGGAAUGAGAUGACUAUUCGAAAGUGCCGAGAUCGGAUGGCAACUUUCUUUACCUGGCGAUAAGAAGUCCAUUUAUCUCCUUAGAUCAAUCCUCAUAUUAAUCGGAUUUGAUGAGUUUUUAUUGAAGGAGACUGCUAUAAUCCGACGUUUAUUCGCAACCGCCGUAAAGGAACGCACUUACCUUGUCCCAUCAGGAGUACCUCAAAUAAUUUUUUACCUGUAGUAUUAUUCCUUGAUCUGUGUGGUUGCUAAUAUUUUUAAAUCUGUGGUGGUUGAAGACACCUCGGAGUAAAUCCAAAAAAUAUAAGGAACUAAACAUACGUCCUUGUGUUAGUCAGUGUAAAUGAGGCAUAGGUAUGUUAUGAAAAUCAUUACCUACAAAUCAACAUUUAGCAAAUAAAAAAAUAUUAACUGUCAAAUGUGACAGUGACAAGAUAUUUGUCAUUGUCACUGUCACAGAAUGUAUGAAUUAUGAAAUCAAAAAUUUCGUCUUGAGAUUUUUUGAGGUUAAAGUAGCUCUUUCAUCGUUUUUAUAUUUAAAAAGCAUAAUUUAAAUCAAAUAAAAUGCCAUUUAUGAAAGGGAGAGCGCCUAUUCGCCGUACACUCAAUUAUUUAAAUGCUGGAAGAUUAGUUCUAAAAGAUAAAAUCAAGAUUUUCUCUGUGGCUUACAAUAUAGUAGGGGACAACAAUAACGGCGCUAAAGAUUUCGUUUUUUGGUUCCUGCCCCAAAUACAGUACAAGAACCCAAAUGUGCAAGUGGCUACGUUAAAGAACCUUACACCUUCGCCGUUUAUCAAGUGUUAUUUUGAAGAUGGGAGGAAGAUAUUGGUGGAUAUAGAUAACAAAUCGAAAGAGGAUAUUUUGGAGCAUUUGAUAAGCACAGUGGGGAAAUCUAAGGAGGUUUUGGCCGCGGAGGCGGUGGCAGCUGAGAAGAAGGAUAAUCCCGCCAAUUUCGGCAUUGGUUGCGAGAGACCGUGCAUUUGUGAAGUAUAUGGGCAGGUGCCGUGUCCCGGCGUUGUGCCUUUGCCUAGGUUAAUGAGAGGGAAAUACAAGUACGCGACUGAUUAAAUGUUUUUGUAGUUGUAAUUAAAUUUAGUUAGUUUUAUACCAUAGUUAGAAUGUACAUAGUUUACAUCUCCAUUUCUCAAUAAAACAAACUUUCUUUUGUGUGUUUAUCAAACUGCUUUACUUUAGUCUUAAUUACUUUAAAAGUCUUAUUUACUUUAAAAUAAACUUGUAAAAUAAAGCUUUAUAAAAUGCAUUUUGGCAAAUAAGUUGUAAUUUGUUACCAUGGUCAAAGAAUUUUAACAUGGUAUUGCAUUUUUUUCUUUUAUAUGAGCCUGGUGCUAUUGUGAUGUUUUAAUUUUUAAUCAAAUUCAUUCAAAACUGUUAACAACAUAAUUUAAUUAAAAAACAAGCACUGUAACAAGAAAAAAAUUGUAGAUAAUGUAACAUAGUAGAAUAAAUUGAUAACAUUACUAAAUAUGUUUCAAUACAAACUUAAUUUACAAUAUUCUCAAUUCACCAUAAACAUUAUAAAAAGAUGCUGAGUAACAUUUGCAUUUUUAAAUAAAAAUACAAAAUACAUCACAUUAAAAAAAUUGAGACCUUUGUUGACUGGCAAACUAGUUUUUAAGCAAACACUCUUUUUCCU